CAAUAAUAGGAUGUGAUCCACCUUACAAUUUCUUAUCACAUAAACUCGUCGUUACAGAUUGUCAAUGUUUUUUCUAAUCUUAUCAUUCCCCCUUUCCUUAAGUUCGAUAUAUGAUUGCUAAUGUAUUUUAAAUCAAAAUUUAGUCGGAACAAAGGUGGUUUUUUUAUGUUGUUUAUUAGAUUGUUGCUGUACAAGUCCAUUUUAUGAUUGCUGAAACAAAUUAAUUUCAAUUUUACAGCACGAACAUAGUGGGAUGGGCUGUCAUGGUAGCCAUGGGAUUUAAUGCAGCAAUAAGUGUAAGAGUGUCAAAUGAACUUGGCGCCGCUCAUCCAAGAACAGCUAAAUUUUCAGUGCUGGUGGUGGUUUUCUCUUCCUUCUCGUUCGGUCUCCUCCUCUCCCUCAUUCUCAUCAUUUUCCGGAAACAGUAUCCUUCCUUAUUUGCAGAUAGCGCCGAAGUUGAGAAACUUGUGUACGACCUCACACCAUUGCUGGCAUUUUGUGUUGUCAUCAACAAUAUUCAACCAGCUCUAUCAGGAGUUGCCAUCGGGGCUGGAUGGCAAGCUAUAGUUGCUUACGUGAAUAUUGCAUGCUAUUACUUGUUUGGCAUCCCUUUGGGGCUCGUAUUGGGAUUUAUCUUCGACAGGGGUGUUCAAGGCAUCUGGGUUGGAAUGACAAUGGGAACAAUUCUACAAACUAUAGUCCUCUUUUGGCUUGUUUACAGAACUAAUUGGAAGAAAGAGGCUUCUGUUGCGUCACAAAGGAUCAAACGAUGGGGAGGGGAAGUACAAGAUAAAUCAAAUAAUGUAGAGCAAUGAAAAAAUUGUUGUUGAAGAAAAAUACACCUAUUGUAUAAUCAGGAGGAAUUUGGACUUGCUAUACAACUUACCAAAUUGGGUAGAGGACUCAAUUUUAGUC